AUGAAGCUGAACGAGCGAAGUGUGGCCCACUACGCAGUGAGCGACUCCCCGGCGGACCACACAGGCUUCCUGCGCGCAUGGGGGGGCUCGGGGACCCCACCUACAGCCAGCGGCUCCGGGCGGAGGUGCUGGUUUGUGCUCAAGGGGAACCUGCUCUUCUCCUUCGAGAGCCGAGAGGCCCGCGCCCCACUGAGCCUGGUGGUGCUGGAGGGCUGCACGGUGGAGCUGGCCGAGGCCCCUGCGCCCGAGGAGUUCGCCUUCGCCAUCCGCUUCAACGCCCCCGGCGUGCGGCCCUACGUGCUGGCCGCGGAUGGACCGGCGGCCCAGGAGGCCUGGGUGAAAGCGCUGUCCCGGGCCAGCUUCGGCUACAUACGCCUGGUGGUGCGUGAGCUGGAGGGCCAGCUGCGGGAGGCCCGCCAGAGCCUGGCCUUGUGCCGCCGAGCAUCCUGCAAGACCGGUGCCAGCCAUGGUAGACCCCCUUGUCCUGAGCGCUGGUCUCCGGGCCUGGAGAACGGCCACUCCCCCUCCAAGGACAGCAGCCUGGGGCCCUUGGCGGAGGGGUGGGCCUCAUCCGAGGGGCAGUGGCAGAGCCCGGCUAGCCUCCUCCUGGGAAAGGGACAGAGCCCCGUGUCCCCAGAGACCUCCUGCUUCUCCACCCUGCACAGCUGGUACGGCCAGGAAAUCACCGAGCUGAGGCAGAGGUGGCUACAGAGGGUGCAGGGGGCCCCGCUAGAACUGGAACAAAAGGACCGGCCCUGA